AUGCAACGGAUAGACACCUUUCUGGUAGAGCACGACUUGGUAGAGAGUCGGGAACAGGCGAAACGGCUCAUUCUUGCGGGUGCGGUGACUGUUAACGGAAACUCCAGAAUUAAGCCGGGGCAGCGCAUUCCCUCCGAUGCCAAGGUGGUCGUGCAGCAACAACAAAAAUAUGUGAGCCGAGGCGGGUUCAAGUUAGAAAAGGCGUUACGCGCCUUUGAUAUAAACGUUCAAAAUCGUGUCGCGCUUGAUGUCGGCGCGUCAACAGGCGGGUUCACAGACUGCCUCCUCCAGCACGGAGCGAAAUUCGUCUAUGCCAUUGAUGUCGGUUACGGACAACUGGCGUGGAAACUUCGGACGCAUCCACAGGUGCAACCGAUUGAGAAAACGAACAUCCGACACCUAACGCCAGCACUUGACACGGAAGAUUGUGUCUCCAUCGCUGUAAUCGAUGUCUCUUUUAUCUCUUUGAGGACGGUACUGCCGAACAACCGACAACUGAUAACUGAUAACUAUAUUGACAUCAUCGCACUGCUCAAACCGCAAUUUGAAGCCGGCAAAGCCCAUGUGAAAAAAGGUGGAAUCGUGUCUGACAAACAGGUACACAUCCAGACGAUAGAUAAUCUUAGCACUUUCGUCACGGAAAAACUCGGAGCCACAGUGAGGGGUCUGACCCAUUCGCCAGUUCACAAGGACAUUGGAAAUAUUGAGUACCUGCUUUGGCUGACGGUCGAUGGUGAGCACAUGGAUUCCUGUCAACUCCAACAAACGACUGUUGAGGUUGUAGAAACUGCACAUGAAUCUUUUGAGGAGUAG